AUGUCUCAGUCCGCUCCCAGCUCGGACUUCAAGAGGGCUUUGGACAGCAGCCCCGAGGCCAACACUGAGAAUGACAAGACCGAGGAGGACGUGCCCAUGCCCAAGAACUACCUGUGGCUCGCCAUCGUCUCGUGUUUUUGCCCCGCGUACCCCAUCAACAUCGUGGCUUUAGUCUUCUCCAUCAUGUCUCUGAACAGCUACAAUGAUGGAGACAUCGAAGGAUCCAAGCGGCUUGGGAGGAAUGCCAAGUGGGUGGCCUUCGCCUCCAUCAUUAUUGGCCUUCUCAUCAUUGCUAUUUCUUGUGCAGUUCACUUCGCACGAAAGGCCUGAGCAGCCAGCAGCCAGCAUGGA